CCUGGCUCGAAGCCGGCUCGAGCCAGGGCUCCCGCCUUCCCGCCAGCCAAAGUCCGCCCCAACCCCGGCGGUCUCAGGCAGCACCCUCCCCCCGGCUGCCGAUCGACACCUACAUGUUGCUCGGCCAUCCCAGCGCAUUCUCUCCGUCGAUCCAAUUUGCUGCCAAUGUCCACCCUGUCGCUCAACUCCAAAGAGAUACGCGUCUUGCUGCUCGACCCGAUCCCGUCGGCGGCCAAGGCGGCCUUCCAGGACAUCAAUUUCAAGAUCGACGAGUGUUUCGAGGAACAAACCGAAGGCUCGCUCUUGAAAAUGAUUGGAGACUACCAGAUCGUCUGCGUUAGCAAGGAGAGAGACGAAGUGUAUCUGACGGAGGAUGUGUUGCGAUCGGCGCACCGUCUCCUCGCUAUUGGAAUGUUCAGUCGAUCCACCCAGCAGGUGGAUCUGGCCACUGCCCAGACCAUGGGUGUGAGUGCUUGACCUGAUCGGCCUGGCCGGCUCUGCGCUGGGGCCUUGUGCUUGUGGUCGUAUCGGAUUAGCAUUGGUGACAGCCCUCGCUUUCUGACACUUCGCACUGUGGCAUCGGGCUCGCAGUAGCUUUGCUCCAGU